AAAAAGUCACGUGACCUCUCACGGUCUCUACCCUUUUUAAGCUGCUCGCUCCCUGUGUCCAACCAAACCAAGUCUCAGCAUUAAGCUUCGCUAACUUCUUCGAUAUUAUCAACGGCUAAUUUUAUUUGAACUUUCUCUUGACGUUCUUAUGUUUGUUUAUUCGAUUUGUUCUACCGCAGACAAGAAGAUUACGAUCGGAAUCAACGGUUUUCAAUGAAGUACUGGAGGGGUGGUAGAGCCGCCUCCUUCAACAUUAUCCCCAGCAGCGCUGGAGCUGCCAAGGCCGUCCGAAAGGUUCUGCCUGCUCUCAACGACAAAUUGACUGGCAUGUCUUUCUGUGUACCUACCGUUGAUGUUUCAGUCGUAGACCUCACUGUCAGACUUGACAAGGAGGCAACCUAUGAUGAAAUCAAAGCAGCCAUCAAGGAGGAAUCUGAGGGCAACCUCAAGGGCAUUUCAGGAUACACUGAUGAAGAUGUUGUUUCCUCAAAUUUCGUGGGUGACAGCAGAUCUAGCAUAUUUGAUGUCAAGGGUGGCAUUGCUUUGAACAAGAACUUCGUGAAACUUGUGUCUUGGUUUGGCAAGGAAUGGGGACAUAGGAAUUGCUUUCAUACAGUUUCUUCUUCUUCUUCUUCUCUUCAAUCGCAGUUGUUUAGAGCUGGAUUAGAUCAUAAACAAGACCAAAAUGCAGACUCUACAAGACAAUCUGACCUUGAUGUUAUCAUUUCUAAAAUUCAUGUGGGAAGCACUGAAGAUGAGGUUUUUCAAUCUCUCAAGCAAGAUAAUGUAUGUAAUAAUAUGCAGCUUUCUCAUCAUGUUGUUGAUAAGUUGCUUCGACGGUUCACAGAUGAUUGGAAAUCUGCAUUAGGUGUUUUUAGAUGGGCAAAGUCUUUCCCAGGAUAUGAGCAUACACAAGAGGUUUAUGAUAUGAUGGUAGACAUAUUGGGGAAAGCAAAACAAAUGGAUCAGAUGAGAGCUUUAUUGUUGGAAAUGAAUGAGGAUCAUUAUAUCACAAAUAAUACAAUUGCCAAAGUUAUGAGAAGGUUUGCCGGUGCAGGGCAAUGGGAGGAUGCUGUGAAGACAUUCGAUCAAUUAGGAUCUUUUGGAUUGGAGAAGAACACAAAAACCAUGAACUUGUUGCUCGACACCCUUUGUAAAGAGUACAAGGUUGAACAGGCCCGUGCAAUUUUCUUGGAGCUCAAAUCACACAUUUCACCAGAUGCUCAUACAUUCAACAUUUUCAUUAAUGGUUGGUGCAAAGUCAAUCGUGUUGAAGAGGCUCAUUGGACUAUUCAAGAAAUGAAGGGACAUGGUUGUCACCCAUGUGUCAUUAGCUACUCAACUAUCAUUCAGUCUUAUUGUCACCAAUACAAUUUCAACAAGGUCCAUGAACUGCUUGAUGAAAUGCAGGCUCAAGGCUGUCCUCCAAAUGUUGUAACUUACACCACUAUCAUGUGUUCACUAACAAAGUCGGGGGAAUAUGAAAAAGCUAUACAAAUAGCUGAUAGAAUGAAAAUGGUUGGUUGUAAACCUGAUACACUUUUUUACAAUUGCUUGAUCCACACUCUAGGGCGAGCUGGUCGAGUCAAAGAUGCUUUGCAUGUUUUCCAAGCCGAGAUGCCAAAGAAUGGUGCUACCCCUAAUACCUCUACCUAUAAUACUGUGAUUGCUAUGCUAUGUCAUCAUGCUCAGGUAAAGAAUGCCUUUCGUCUUCUCCAGGAGAUGGAGAAUGUAGAACAUUGUAAGCUUGACACUCAGACGUUUUACCCAUUGAUCAAAUUAUGCUUUAAAACUGGGAAAACAGAUAGUUUCUUGAGCCAAUUAGUGGAUGGCAUGGUUAAUAAGCAUCAUCUCAGUAUUGAUGUCUCAACCUAUACACUUUUAAUUCAUGGACUUUCUAGAGCCAACAAAUGUGAAUGGGCUUACCGCCUGUUUCAGGAGAUGAUUGCUGAAGAGAUAACACCUAAAUACCAAACAUGCCGUUUGUUAUUGGAUGAAGUCAAGCUGAAGAAUAUGUAUGAUGCUGCUCAAAAAAUUGAAGACGUCAUGGAGAACUUAUAGUCUCCCAAUUGUCAGAAUGUCUAGGAGUGGUUGGAUUCUCUAAUUUCUUACAUUGCAACAUAUUCAUGAUCUUCCAUCUCCAGAAAUUCCCUAAAAGCACUAUGUUCACCCAAAAAUUAUCGAUAUCUUAUACCUUUUGCCAUGCUUCCCUCAGGAAUUGCUUUCAUGCAGUUUCUUCUUCUUCUCUUCAAUUGCAGUUGUUUAGAGCUGGAUCAGAUCAUCAACAAGAUCAAUGUGUAGACUCUACAAGACUGACCUUGAUGUUAUCAUUUCUAAAAUUCAUGUGGGAAGCACUGAAGAUGAGGUUUUUCAAUCUCUCAAGCAAGAUGAUGUAUGUAAUAAUAUGCAGCUUUCUCAUCAUGUUGUUGAUAAGUUGCUUCAACGGUUCAAGCAUGAUUGGAAAUAUGCAUUAGGUGUUUUUAGAUGGGCGGAGUCUUUCCUGGGAUAUGAACAUACACGAGAGGUUUAUGAUAUGAUGGUAGACAUAUUGGGGACAGCAAAACGAAUGGAUCAGACGAGAGUUUUAUUGUUGGAAAUGAAUGAGGGUCAUUAUAUCACAAAUAAUACAAUUGCCAAAGUUAUGAGUAGGUUCGUCGGUGCAGGGCAAUGGGAGAAUGCUGUGAAGACAUUUGAUCAGUUAGGAACUUUUGGCUUGUAGAAGGACACAGAAACCAAGAACUUGUUUCUUGGCACCCUUUGUAAAGAGUGCAAGUUGAGCAGGCCCGUGCAAUUUUCUUGGAGCUCAAAUCACACAUUUCACCAGAUGUUCAUACAUUCAAUAUUUUCAUCAAUGUUUGGUGCAAAGUCAAUUGUGUUGAAGAGGCUCAUUGGACUAUUCAAGAAAUGAAGGGACAUGGUUGUCGCCCAUGUGUCAUUAGCUACUCAACCAUCAUUCAGUCUUAUUGUUGCCAAUACAAUGUCAACAAGUUCCAUGAACUGCUUGAUGAAAUGCUGGCUCAAGGCUGUCCUCCAAAUGUUGUAACUUACACCACUAUCAUGUGUUCACUGGGAAAGUCAGGGGAAUACGAAGAAGCUAUACAAAUUGCUGAUAGAAUGAAAUGGUUGGUUGUAAACCUGAUACACUUAUUUACAAUUGCUUGAUCCAUACUCUGGGAUGAGCUGGGAGAGUCAAAUAUGCUUUGCAUGUUUUCCAAGCUGAGAUGCCAAAGAAUGGUGCUACCCCUAAUACCUCUACCUGUAAUACUAUGAUUGCUAUGCUAUGUCAUCAUGCUCAGGUAAAGAAUGUCUCUUGUCUUCUCCAUGAGACCGAGAAUGUAGAACAUUGUAAGCCUGACACUUAACAUUUUACCCAUUGCUCAAAUUAUGCUUUAAAACUGGGAAAACAGAUAGUUUCUUGAGCCAGUUAUGGGAUGACAUGGUUAAUAAGCAUCAUCUCAGUAUUGAUGUCUCGACUUAUACACUUUUAAUUCAUGGACUUUCUAGAGCCAACAAAUGUGAAUGGGCUUACCUCCUGUUUCAGGAGAUGAUUGCUGAAGAGAUAACACCUAAAUAACAAAAAUGCCGUUUGUUAUUGGAUGAAGUCAAGCUGAAGAAUAUGUAUGAUGCUGCUCAAAAAAUUGAAGACAUCAUGAAGAACUUAUAAUCGUCCAAUUGCCAAAAUGUCUAGGUAAGGCAGACAGAGCCAGAGAACAGGAGGAUUGUUUGGUGAAGUCCAAAAGUUUUCAUUAAUGAAUUACUCAGCACAGAUUUUUCUACCCAGAUUUCAUUGGUACCAAAUGCUCUUAAUGGUAUUGUUUAUUUUGGUAAGUAAAUCUUGACUGGUUUUAACGACAAAAUAGAUUUGCUUCGAACUUCAAUUUUUCUGUUGUAAAAUAUUGUCAUCUUUGUUAUAAAAAGUUUGAUCAAAUGUGAUAAUUAUAUAUCAAAUCAAUUAUUAUAUACAAUUCUAAGUCUGAUUAA